UAGCUCACUGGCCAACAAAGAUAAGCAAUCCUGGGAGGAGAAACCCCCAUGGGAGCUAUAGAUUCAGUGCCAUUUGUGAUUGGCAGAUGUUAUGAGAGCCUUUCUUUCUUAGCUUAGUACAUCAAUGAACUUCACAACUUCAGCAGAGAACUCAAGAGUAAGUCAGGCAUGAGGAAAUUAUGUUCUGGCAGUGUGGAGUACAGGCAAUUCGAAGAUGGACAGCACCUUGGAAUCUCUGCAGAAGAUACUCUUGGAAGCUUUACCUCACAGAGAUCUGGCAGCAGUCUUUAAAGACUUGAAUGUCGUCACAUUGCUGCAAGAGUUUUGGGAGAGGAAACAAAAGCAAAAGACUAGCUCUGAGACAGAAGGACUGGUCGUAUACGAGUCUGUGCCAACUCCUGGCCCUCCAUUUGUGUGCUACGUUACUCUCCCAGGAGGAAGCUGUUUUGGUAACUUUCAGAGCUGUUUAAGCAGAGCAGAAGCCAGGCGAGAUGCAGCCAAGGUGGCUUUAAUCAAUUCUGUCUACAAUGAACUGCCAUCCCAACGUAUUACAAAAGAAUUCAUUAGGGAAAGUAUCCAGGAAGCCAUUUCUUCGACAACAGGUUGUGUAUCUGACUCGGAAGAUCCUAGCACUAGUAUUGGGGCCUAUCAUUACAUGCUGAAGUUUAAUAUUGGUAAAACAAUGUUAGAAUUUCAGGAAUUAAUGACCGUCUUUCAACUGCUGCAUUGGAAUGGCAGCCUCAAGGCCCUCAGAGAGAGGAAAUGUUCUCGACAGGAAGUAAUAUCCUACUAUUCCCAGCAUCCCUUAGAUGAGUGCAUGAGAAGUCACAUGGCUCUGGACUGGAUUACUAAGGAGAGGAAAAUGCCAGGUGCUGUUUCUCAAGAGCUUCAGGUUGCACUCAGGGAACUGGAGGAAGCCAGAAAGGCUGGCAGAGAACUGAGAUUUUACAAAGAAAAGAAAGAAAUUCUAAGUUUAGCUUUAAGCCAAGUUUAUUGCAACAGUGGCACCACCUCUGAAGAUAAAGAAGAAAUGGAACCUGACCCAAAGUGGCUAGCAUUAUGUCCGAAUCUCAUUCACUAAAAGUGAAAUGUCAGCAAAAAUGAAUAGGUGGGGAAAUGAAAUUAGAGAAAAACAUCAACCAUGCUUCAGGGAGGAAAUAGAACAGAAGCCACAUUUUUCUUCAUGAGCAUUUUGGAGUGUUUAUUAUCUUUUUAUGUAGUGCAAAUGAUUAAAUAUGACAAACAGUAAAAGAAAAACUCAGAUUUUUUUCCAGAAAGAUACAUUUUCUAAACACAGGUUAAGAAAGUAAAACAGCUGACUUUGGAACUUAAUCAGGUGUUUAGAAAAGUAUAGGAAGAAAAAAUGUUUUCCUGAUUCAGUAAAAUAUGGUACUGUGCUCUCGUGUGUGAAAGACAGCAAAUAGUAAGUGAUGAUUCUUUUCAAAUAGCACAUUGCUGGCAUUCUUACAUAGUUUUUGCAGAUAGUUGUAGAGGUUGAGCUUGGACAAGUGCUUUCUAAAUACUGAAUAUGUUCUCCAAAGAUAUAUUAUUUUCUACCAAGUACCUUAUAUUACUAUUAAGAAAGGAACAAGUGUCAGUACCAGUGUUUGAAACAGAUCACUUUGUGUAUUAAAUCUCUUACUUUAGAAGUA